AUAAGUGAUUGCAAAUACCACGAGAGGAUAGGCGACAGUGUGUGUUGUACGGACAAGAACUGUACCGAUAAUGCCUUCAAACAAAUGAAUGAUAUGGCCUUUACUUGUCCAACGUGCGAGCACACACAGGAUCCACAAUCAUGUAUGAACACGCAAGGGAAAUGUUCUUAUCUGAGUAAGGGCUGCAUGAUCACACAUUCCCAGAGCGGUUUAUCAUCUGGCUGCAAUACACAUAAAACGCACUGCCAAAGGGCGGAAGAUCUUAACUCCGUACUAUGUAACGUGCACCCGAUCCCGUUUGCGUACUCACCAGGACUCCAAUGUAGCUUCUGCUGUCAUAAAAAUGAUAGCACGUGUGUACUAGACGCGCUGGGAAUCCAUGAUGUGACCCCGCCACCGACUUCUGAUCCUGCAGCUGGAACUUCAGGUAUAGUUUGUGAUCAUCAUCCUCGCAUUCCUACAUCUAUGUUCACUUGACAUAAUUGUCUGUUACUUUUUUAAGUGUAAUUAUGUUAUGGUGUUUGAUUUUAAACGGUAAAAAUGGUAAGGGUAAGCGUUUCGAGAGAGACACUGCAAGUAUAACAUCUGUAUAUGAGCGAAAUGAUUAUGAAAAGAGACACUAAAAGCAUAAUAGGUAAACAUGAACUGUGUGUUUGUCAAGAGAGACAUCAAAAUUAUGACAACCGACUAACGGUAGAUGUGUCUAGAGAGAUACCGCAAGUAUAACAGCUGUCA